AUUCAGUGUUGUUUGUUGGUAAUCCAAGGCCAUUUUACAUUUCUCAAAACAUUCUUCUAUAGAAAGGACACUGGAAUAGCACCCCCGCCCAACGUUUAUCCGAAGCAAUGACGGUUUUGCUCCGUUGUUCCUGCUUCUUCACUUCCCCGAAACCUCGCCGCCGGUCUCCACCGCCCGUUCCACUCACCGGAAAAUCACUUGCUCCCGGGAAGCUGGCUUCUCUUUCAUAUGAAGUGGAGAGGUUUGUGUUGUCCUCAAGAGCUACUUUAAGUGGGCCAUCCGAGAUUUGCCAUAUUUUGGCAAACUUACAAUGCCAGGGGAACAUGCAGUUAAGAACCCCAACGAUGGCAUUUCUUGUUGGUAAUGCCUUGAUGUUAACUACACCUCUUAAAGCUCUGGCAGAAACAUGUGAGGCUGAUAACUCUGUUUUCAAUAUGAACAUGCCAUUACUGCUGUUUGUGGCCCUUAUAGGAGCCACUGUUGGAGGGUGGGUUGCUCGGCAAAGGAGAGGGGAAUUGAAGCGGCUGAAUGAACAACUGCGCCAGAUCAAUGCAGCUCUAAGAAGGCAAGCUAAAAUUGAGUCCUAUGCGCCUAGCUUGAGUUAUGCUCCUGUUGGUGGAAGAAUAUCAGAGAAUGAAGUGACAGUUGAUCCAAAGAAGCACGAGUUGAUUUCUAAACUGAAGACUGGAAAGAAUUUUUUGAGGAAUCAAGAACUGGAAAAGGCCUUGAUGGAGUUUAAAACAGCUCUUGAGCUUGCUCAUAAUUUAAAUGAUCCUACCGAGGAGAAGAAGGCUGCUAGGGGUUUAGGAGCCUCACUGCAAAGGCAAGGCAAGUACGAGGAAGCCAUCAAAUACCAUUCCACCGUUUUGGCAAUCUCUGAGAGAGAAGGGGAGGACUCAGGAAACACAGAAGCUUAUGGAGCAAUUGCCGAUUGCUACACUGAGCUUGGAGAUCUUGAACGAGCAGCAAAAUUUUAUGACAAAUAUAUUGCAAGGUUGGAAACAGACUGAUGCGUCCCUCUCAGAACCACCUAGUUUUUCUUUAGUAAUGAUGCACUAAGAUUGUAGUACUAUUAGUCGAGUUUGCAAACAGCUGGUCAACAACAUUGCCUUGCGGAUCAUUUCAUUUUUGUGCUUGAGUUGACAGUCAGUUGAUGUAGAAUAAUACCUUGCGAAAUUAUUUUUGGUUUCAUCGUGCGACUGGGGUUGUAGAGCAUCAGGUUUUGCACUAAUACAAAUCCAAGAGCUCGGAAACGUAAAAUGAGACAAACAAAUGAUGCAUGGGUAGAUUCAAGUUACUCUGAAAAGCCUUAAAGAGAGACUAUGGCUUGUAUUCCCUCUAAUAAUAUCAUUAAUCACUCAUCAUCACUACAAUUUUGAAAACACAAAACAUACAUCAUGAUACAUAUAUCCAAACAGAAAGCAAGCAUACGAAAUGAUAUAGGGUAACAACAACCUCACCGUUGGAGAACGGGGGAAAAAGAAGAAG